UAAGGAUUCUAAAAUUUAUUGUGGUGAUGACACAUGAAUAUCUCAUUAAUGUUUCUUUUUAAUAUAUAUGAGAUACUUUUUUUGGUUAGAUCUUAAUGUAUAUUCUUGUAUAAAAUAAUGAAUACUUACGUUUUUACUAAUUUGACAAUGAAUGUAAUUAAUUGGUAUUAACUUAUAAUGGUAUGUAACUAUACAUAGGUGUAUGUACAAUCCAAAAACGCACCAAAACUUUAAUUGAAGAUACUUCUUUUAAAACGUCUUACAGUUAAUAUUUUCUUUUAUAACGUCUUACAGUUACUAUAUAUUAUUUAAAAUUUUGGCUAUAUAAUAACCACAGAGAUAGAUAAUUCAUGUUGUGAGUAGUAAAAUAAUCAUUAUCCAUUUUAUAUUGCUUAAUUUUUAACUUUAGGAUGGCAUCAUCAAAACUUUACUUUGUUGCUCUUUUAAUCAUUGCUUCAGUUUUCAUUGUUGUUCAAUCCACUCGAAUUAAGGAUGCUUCGUCGGUUUGUGAUUUCCGAGGACCUUGUAAGAAGAAAGAAAAUUGUUAUGAUAGAUGUGGAGUGAACAAACCACCAUUUAAUAAUGCUAUAUGUGUACCUUUCGGACGCAGUCGUCAAUGUUGUUGUAUUUUGUCGUGAGAUUUUGAGAAUUUUCUUCAAGUUAAUUAAUGUCAAAAAACUUCAAAUAAGAUAAUAUAUGUCCAGUUCAAAAAAAAAAAAAAUAUAUGUCAAGUUAUUCACUAUAAAAGAUCAGUGAAUUGUGUUAUAUAUAUAUAGUUAGCUACACCCUACAAAACUUACACUGUUAAAUCCCUAAGUGAUAAGAUUUAAGAACAUGAUUAUUGUGGAGUUCUUAGAGUAGGGUUCUUAUCAGAAUAUAAGAACCCGUCUCUUAACUUUUAACUAAAAAAGUUAAAAACCGGCUUUUAAAACUCUUAUUUAAGAACCGGUUCUUAGCCUUUUUAGUUAAAAGUUAAGAAACGAGUUUUUAUAUGCUGAUAAGAACUCCACCCUAAAAAUUCUCAAUAAUCAUGAUCUUACUAACUCCUCAACCCAAGGCUGAGUUUAACAUAAUUGAAACUGUACACAUACACAUUUAAUUCAACUAGUAAAAGGAGAACAUAUUUAUAUGCAUAAUAAGAAGAAGAAAACAUGCAGAAGCAUAAGAGAAGCUCCAUCGGGAGUUUUUAACUUGGGUUUCUAAACCAAAAAGCUAAAAAGAUAAAUAAAAAAAGAAAUUAAAUUUUAAAACUGGUUCUGUAAAGAGAGUUUUAAGAGACACUAAGAACCCAUACGUGUCAACUAGAUCAAGCAGAGGCUGGGUACAUGCGUCGGUGACUACGGCAUUGGAGUAGGAAUCGGCGAAGGUGGAGUUUGGGUCUGCGGCGGUGGCGGUGACGGAAACCUAAUUGCGAUCCUGGUUCUGUUCAUGCUCGUCCGUAACCGACAUAGAUCUAAACCAAGCGAAUCUCAAAGGGACCAUCGUCAAAGACCUCUCUCUCUUCUCUCGGAUCUAACCAUCUCCAUCUCAACAACAACAGAUUCUCCGGUCAGAUCCCAGAUUAACUUGUCACUUGGCUUAGAGAAAGAAGGGAUCGGAUCAACGCUUUCUAUUUUGAUUUUUCUGGAAAUGGGUCAUUGUUUCUCUUGAUUGCUUUAUCAUUGAUUGGUGAAUAUGAGAAUGAGAGUAUUUUGAUUUGCGGUUGUGGUGUUUCCAUUGUUGCAGGUGGAGGAGUUGAUACAAGGGAUUCACAUACGGAUAGAUAUCCAAAAAUCAUGAAGGGUGAACAAAAGUUUGUAUGGGAAUGAUUAAAAAAGAUGAGGUAGUGGAACAGGAGCAGAACUAGGCGAUGAUGGUCUUGUUGGGCAUGAGUUGAGCAGCAGCAGUCACAGGAGAAGGCUGUGUCCGCUCGUCUCCACGCAUGCAUAUAUAUGCUUUAACAAUCUUGUCGCGUCUGUUGUUCUCCGCCAAAAGCAAGUCAUGAUAAAGAGUUUUUCUUCCAAAGGAAGGUAACUCGGAAUCAGUGGCUCUUGCCCCUUCUUGAGAUCACUCACUUCAUAGUUCUUAUGCCACCAAGGUCCCUUCCCAGUACACAACACCCCAACGACCACAAGUCGAGAUCUUUCCCUGUCUCUCCAUAAGAAACCGAGUUCGGAGACAUGUAGAUCGAUGUUCCGCAAACGGACGACUAGGUUCCCACCAGCUACUGUCUCCUCCCUUUUUCGACAACCCGAAAUCCGAAAUCUUCAACUCGAAAUAAGGUCUGCACGUGCCGUUGUCGUUGGUUGAUGUGGCUAGGGAAAACGAGGAUGUUCUCCGGUUUGAGGUUGCAGUGAACGUAACCGUGUGCGUGGAUAGUGGCUAAGCCUUGGAGAAGCAUACGAGUAAAGUCUCUGAUCAAAGGAUCAGGCAGAUUAUUGUCUUUGAAUUUGUUGAUGAAACUCAUCAGGAGUGUAACGCACGCUUUAUGAUUAAAUCAAACUAGUUGUUCGACCAAAAAAAGGGGUUAUGUUGUCACUAAACAAAAUGGAAAAUCCAAUGGGAGACGACAGUAAAGACUAAAGACGCUCUUAUCCAAAGGACUUAAGAGCAGUUAUGAACUGGGACCUGGAAAGGUAUAUUUUGUCUAGCCUCGUAAUCUAAAGUUAUAACUUGAUGUUUCUUCUUCAUCUAAGUUGUGUGAGUGUGUUUUAUGCAUUUCAAAAAUAUUAGAACCAUUUUGAAAGACCCUGACACGUCCGAUUCCUCCAUUACCUCCGAGCAAGAACCUUCCUCUUAGAAAUAUAUACAAGGUAGGAGACUCGACAGAACAGAACAAAGAACAAUUUCGACUAAUAAGAGAUAUAUCACUAGGAAUACGAAUAAUAAUGCUCA